AUGUCCCAGCAGUUUAUCGCAAAAACGCUAGAGAUGCAGCAACCACCGUCAUCGAUGCUGGGACCGCUACCGACGCCAUCGUUCUGCUCGCUCACCUUGCAGGAAUGGAACGACAUGAAUGUGCGGUGGAACUCGUCCGAGUACGGCGGAGUGCGGGAUCUGCGGAUACCGCCGCAUCGGCUGUGGAAGCCCGACGUGCUGAUGUACAACAGUGCCGACGAGGGCUUCGACGGAACCUACCCCACCAACGUGGUCGUCCGGAACAAUGGCUCCUGUCUGUACGUGCCGCCCGGCAUCUUCAAGUCCACCUGCAAGAUCGACAUCACCUGGUUCCCGUUCGACGACCAGCGCUGCGAGAUGAAGUUCGGCUCGUGGACCUACGAUGGCUUCCAGCUUGAUUUGCAACUGCAGGACGAGGCGGGCGGCGAUAUCAGCAGUUUCAUAACGAACGGCGAAUGGGAACUGUUGGGUGUUCCCGGUAAGCGAAACGAAAUCUACUACAACUGCUGCCCGGAGCCGUACAUCGACAUCACCUUCGCCAUCCUGAUCCGCCGGAAGACGUUGUACUACUUCUUCAAUCUGAUCGUGCCGUGCGUGCUGAUUGCCUCGAUGGCCCUGCUCGGAUUCACACUGCCACCGGACUCUGGCGAGAAGCUUUCGCUCGGAGUCACCAUUCUGCUGUCACUAACUGUCUUCCUCAACAUGGUGGCGGAAACCAUGCCGGCCACUUCGGACGCUGUGCCUCUGCUAGGAACCUAUUUCAAUUGCAUCAUGUUCAUGGUGGCCUCCUCGGUGGUGUCUACCAUUCUGAUCCUGAACUACCACCAUCGGAACGCCGAUACGCACGUCAUGUCCGACUGGAUCCGAGUGGUGUUCCUUAGCUGGUUGCCGUGCAUUCUGCGGAUGACUAGACCGGGUGAGCCGUUUCCGCAUCCCUGUAGGCAAUCGGUGGACGAGAAGAACAAGCAACUGCAGGAAGUGGAGAUGCGAGAAAGGUCCUCCAAGUCGCUGCUUGCCAACGUGCUGGAUAUUGACGACGACUUCCGGUGCAACCACAGGUGUAGCACCCUGCCGCACAACCCGACCUACUACCGGACGAUGUACCGCCAGGGAGACGCCGACGGGAGCGUAGGUCCGCUGGGCACCGGCACAGACACCAUCGGGCGCAGCACUGGCGGUCUGGGGACGAUCAGCGCUGCUGGAGGAGGCCGCCUGCACGAAACCGUUUCCUCGCACACAUGUCUGAGUUCCUCAGCCGAGUACGAGUUGGCACUGAUACUGAAGGAGCUGCGGUACAUAACCGAUACGCUUCGUAAGGAGGACGAAAGUGGCGACGUUACUCGUGACUGGAAGUUUGCCGCCAUGGUGGUCGAUCGUUUGUGCCUUAUCAUCUUCACGCUGUUCACGAUCAUCGCAACACUGGCUGUAUUAUUCUCGGCACCCCAUUUUCUCGUAUCAUAACAACCAUCGCCAUCAUCGCUAUCGACAUCGACAACAACCGCAACAACGGCGGCGGCAGCGGCUGCGACACCAGCAAUACAAACAACAACUCCGGCAACUACGAUCGAAAGCUCUGUAGAAACCCCAAUGGCUACUGUGACCCAAAGCACCCGUCACCUCGGUGGUGACGACGGUGGCAGUAGCACUGGUAUUAAAAUCGUUCAAUUCCUUAACCCGGGCGACGAUUCUACCUCGGCCGCUGCCGCUGGCGAUGAUCCGGCCUCGUGGAUACUCCUCGGUGGAACCCUGGCGAUGGUGGUACUGAUUGCGGCUCUGGCCUCGCUCGCCCUUCUGCUGGCGGCCCUGGUUUGCCUACUGGGCAACCACGGGACCUUCACUCAAUUAUUCGCGGUGACUGAUUACAAGUUAAGAAAAUAUGUUCACAUUUUCAUAAAGAAUUUUAAAUUGAUUAACGAUGCGUAGACACAUUGACAUCCAUUGUCGUUGCAGUGUGGCCAUGUGUAGUGGCAGCACAACGGAAUCUAACGGAAUUCGAACGUGCGAAAUAGGAAAAUUAAGAGGCUGGUUUUAACGAUUGAACUAAAACAAUACACUCUUCUAGUGACGGCAUCAAAAAUUUAGGAACUUUUUUAGAGUUUUCCCUUUUUUAUAAAAACUUAUCAACAUAAAUGAAAACGUUGAAUUUUUAUCUUUCUGAGAUAAGUUAACGCAAAAAAAAUAACAAAAAAAACGUGUAUACUACUCGAGAAAAAAUGAAAGCGUGCGUGUAGUCAAGUUACUCUAAUUCAAUCCGGUUUCUAUUUACACAUGAUUGUACAUAACUGAUAGAUUUUAUUAGACUUCACCCCAGGCAACUGUCAAAACGAACGAUUGUACAUAAUUUUAGAAGCGCCAUUAGUCAUCAUCAGCCUCAUGAAUCUCGCAGUUUUUCGUUGUUGUUUUUUACUUCAUAAGCAUCCAAGUAAGCGCCUCAAAAGCACGCCACUGUAAUGUCACUUCUCAUCGAACAUCAACACAAACAAUGCAGCUCUACUUUUCUUACCUUGCAAUAAUAAUCUAUUAGUAAAUAAAUAAUUACGUAACCUUUAAAAAGCA